CUAGCAGCCGAGCUACAGUAGAGCUACGGGCCCGCACACCGGAAAUAGAAAGCAGCCUCCUGUAGCACUAGCCAACCUCAAUGUGUGUGCUGUCAUAAGGGUGAGGACUCCGCGAAAACUCAAUACAUUUAUCUCUCCUGAAUUUGAAGACCACGGAAGACUUAUUUCAAACCGAACGACAGGGACCGACACGGACAUGGCGACAUCCAGCCCCUGUGUUGUGAUCAGCGAUGAUGAGCAGGGGUAUGACCUGGACUUGUUCUGCAUACCAAAGCAUUACGCAGAAGACCUGGACAGGGUCUACAUCCCCCAUGGACUCAUUUUAGACAGGACAGAGAGACUGGCCAGAGAGAUUAUGAAGGAGAUGGGGGGGCACCACAUUGUGGCCCUCUGUGUGCUCAAAGGUGGUUACAAAUUCUUUGCAGACCUGCUGGACUACAUCAAGGCCCUGAACAGGAACAGUGACCGCUCCAUCCCAAUGACAGUGGACUUCAUUCGCCUCAAGAGCUACUGUAAUGACCAGUCGACAGGUGAAAUCAAAGUCAUCGGUGGAGAUGACCUGUCUUCACUGACAGGCAAGAACGUCUUGAUUGUGGAGGACAUUAUCGACACAGGGAACACAAUGAAGACGUUAUUGGAACUCCUCAAACAGUACAAACCAAAAAUGGUUAAAGUAGCAAGUUUGUUGGUGAAGAGAACACCAAGAAGUAUUGGCUACCGACCGGACUUUGUAGGAUUCGAGGUGCCUGACAAAUUCGUGGUUGGAUACGCACUUGACUACAACGAGUACUUUAGAGAUCUAAAUCAUAUCUGCGUCAUUAGUGAAUCAGGGAAGGAGAAGUACAAGGCAUGAAGAGCACUUCGUCACAAUUUUAAAUGUAUGAUUAUAUCUUAUCCUUUUGCUGUCCAUUUUAUAUUUUAAUUCUUCAUAUUCGUGUCAUAAAAUAUAUUCAGCCUGCUCAGGGUCCCUGAGGAUACACCGCUAAAGUGAUAAUCCUGAGAGAAGCAUGGCCUGUUUUAGUCACCACACACACGCACAUUUGACGCAACUUUAGAGAUAAUCUUUUUCCUUAGAUAGAGCAAUGUCUGGGUCAAACGGCAUGGUGCCCAGCAUCACUUGAAAUUAGAAUAAUGCCCCACACUGAUUUCAUUAUUUUGUUAAAUCAAUUGUAAUUUAUUUUGAGCAAUGCUGUUAGCUUUAUGUACAAAAUACCAAGUGUUGUGCCAUAUCAAGAUAUACAACAUUUGACAACCUCCUAUGAAAAUUAAUAUAACUUUUAAUGUAAUUCUUCUUUUACCUUGAACCAUCAAAAACAUUUUAUUGGCAGUCAUAAGGAGGAUCUCACAUUUUAUUUUAUUUGUAAGUGGGACAAAUUACAUCUUUGUGUUACUGUGGUGUGUGUGUGUGUGAUAAGAUUUAGGUAAUUGCAGAAAAGUAACACAAAUGCUGGCUGCUGUCCCGAAUAAACACUUGGAUAUGCUGAAGAUGUAAUAUCUUCUUGAUUUAUGAGUGUUAAUGAUAUAUUUUUAUCAUUUUUGUCACAUCAAAUUAAUUUGGGUGCAUGCUGCAUUGUUCAGAUAGAGAUCUUUCUAUUGCUGGAAAAAAAUGAACAGUUUACAAAUGUGUAAAUGUUCGACUGAUACUUGGAACAAUCAUGUUUGAAACACGUAAUCUGUAUUUUUCUGACCGUUUUUUGGUUUUACAUUUCUACUUUAUAAGAGGUUCACAAGCAAUGGUACCAUCAUUGUAAACCAGUGUCAACUGAAUGUUGCAUACCAGCCAUUAAAUGUUCUCACCCCUCCCGUGA